AUGGACAGUAGCAGCUUCGGCAGCCAGUGCCCAGUCCGGAGUCGUCUAACACCGACGACACUGAUACCAUGUUAUGGUAUCGUCGCCCAACAGCUCUCUGCGGCUUUCACCCACAACGGCGGCGCCGCUGCCACUCUCCAUAUUUUGAAUUUGCAGAAUGGGGAGAAAUUUGGUUCACGCUCAACUCCUCCUUCUUAUACUGUUUUGAGUCUGUUAGGGAAAUGGCUGAGUCACAAGUUGAAAUACGUGUUUCUUCAUGGGACUAAGACUGAACUUGACUGUAGAUUUUUCGAUUGGAUUGAUCUAGAAAUGUCAUCAUUCCAGAAAGGGUGUGUCAACAAGGCGAAUGUCCCAUAUCUUCGUCGCGAUACUAUAGACCAGACGGAGGUUCCUAUCAGCACCUACUAUAGGGAUUCACAUUUUUCGGAGCUGGUUGAAACUUUAAAUGUGGUCGGCGAACAGUGCAAUUCAGAUUUAUUGGGAAGAUUUAGAGCAUCAUGUUUUGGGCAUUUCAUUGAUUGGAGGCCCGGCCCGAAGAGCAAUAAAGCAUUACACCAGAUUGUAUCAUGGCAGAUUGGGUCAGAAGACGAUGAGAUGUGCUUCUAUCUGUGCGGAGCACGAGUCAGAUUUUCCCCUGCGGACUGCGCAUUAGUGACUGGGCUCAAUUUCGGGGGAUCGAGGUUCGAUGCGACAUUACAGCACGAUUGCAGUCGCGUGGAGGCAUACCGACGAUUCUGCGGUACGCGAAGCAUGACCAUACAGUCGCUCAUCAAACGCGUGUGCGAUUUGGAUCGUCGAGUGGAUGAUGAGGAUGGGAGCCUGUACCUUCGUGCUGUCCUCGUGUGUGUGGCUCACACCCUUGUUCUUGGGUUGGAUGCGCGGGUACAGCCGUGGCUUUGGGUUUUGGUGGAUGAUCUGGCUACAUUUGAUAGAUUCCCCUGGGGCGCGUAUUCGUAUAAGAUGUUAUGCCAUUAUACGCAUGAGAUAGGAACCGGCGAGAAGUAUCACUUCUACGGUCCUUCGUUGGCUUUAUAUGUCUGGGCAUUGGAGCGCAUCCCGGGCUUCGAACACAUGGUCGCAGCAUCUAGCGGUGAUCCGACAGCGCACCCUCGGUGUUUGAGAUGGACUUUCAGGGGUAAGCCCCGGCUUCACGGUCUGCGCGAUCUAUUCGAGGGACAGGGUGGUGUCCUGCCCCUGGAGCCCGAUGGUGACGAUCUGUCGAAUCACUACUUCAUAUCAGCGCUGACACCGGGCGAACUCUCGGUGAGCUUCAGGCCCCCCGACAACCCAUUAGCUCGGGGUGUCCAAUUUCCACAGCAGACCGGAGCCCGUGUUGUGGAGGAGCGCGGGGACGAGGAGGAUGUACCUAGACAACCUCGUAUGACUCGCAGUCACAGUGUUCGGGGCCCUGUGAGGGAUGCUCGACCCCACGAGCCGGCUCGUCAUUCAGUAGAUCCGGGCAAGCGCCCAGCGCCGCAUACUUCUUCAUUGUCGAGCGGAUCUCGGACUGUAUCCAGUCCCAGCGAGGGUGAGGUGGACCGUAAGUGGGUGAAGAAGACGAUCCGUCAGGAGAUUAAGAAGGCCUUCGGCAAAUUCGUGGAUAAACUGAAGGGCAAGGGUAAAAAGGAUAGGUGCAAGAAGAGCAAACAUUUCCCAGUGCCCGACUCCCCUGAUGAUGAUGACCAGCGACGGUCCCCUGAUGAUUACCAGCCACGGUCUCUUCCACAGCGACGGUCUCCUCCACCCAGUGCUUCAGGGCCCGACGCUUCAGGGCCAAGCGUUUCACGUCCCUGCGACGACGACCCCCGCGAUGAGGAACCACGCCAUCCAGAGACCCAGGCCUACCCAUCACGCCCUUCAGAUUAUGCCCAUUCCCGCCCAGCAGAGACCCCGGAUUACAACGAGCAGUGGUGGGCCAUGAAUCAGUCUGUCCAAGGCGACUACACACCGGCAGAGCAGACUUUUGACUGGUCGACCCAGGUCUACCCUCAUUGGUCUUCCCCAUUCCUGAAGCCGCAGUAUAGCACAGAGACCCCGAUAUUCUUUGCUGAACCGCUCACUUCUAUUGCACCACAUGAGUGGGGACAGUCCAGUUCGGCAAGGCAGGCUCAGACGGAGGAGCCUGAGCCACAGGCAGAGCAGCCACAGGUACUGUUGCUGCAGCACCCAGAGCAGCCGCCGGCAGAGCAGCCGCCAGCAGAGCUCCCGCGUCGCAGUCAGAGGGUGAGGCGUCCGUCUAACUUUCAGAGAUCGCCUUGGGUUAAUAGCCAAAUGCCACGUCCAGUGACACAAUACUGCAGUGACCAUUAUGAGAAGUGGAUGGCUAGGUGUCGAGAGGGUAGGCGUGGUGAGAUUUAUGUCAAGGCAAGUGGUGGUUUGCGGGAGUACAACGACUUCGCGCGGGUGGAUAAUGUCAGGCAGGAAUUCACAACUGGGGAUAUUGACUUGUAUUUCUUGACCUUGAGAAAUAGACUUCGAGGUUCCCUGGAUUUACUGGAUGACGUAGAUAUGAAUAACACAAUCAUAGUAGACACGGAUUGGUUUAUAUACCUCCAGAAAGAGUGGGCCGCUCUAUUGGAGAAGUGGGCAGGAACUGAGUUCGGCCCCAAGGAGUUUCAUGUAUUGACUAGUACAGCAAUGGCUGAUGGUUGGGAGCCUGAGAUAGACUGGCUCUGCCAAGUACGUGGAAAAGCCGUUAAAGGCCAUGAACUUCCUCCUAGUCAUAUAGGAUGGAUGGAUGCCACACAGGUUCUCAUGCCAGUCAUAAUUGGCCACCAUUUUAUCCUAUGUCAGAUUCGGUUAGGAGAAGCCGUUUGCGAGGUCUAUGACCCAGUAUUCCACAAGCUAACACCUCGACAACAGGAUGCUCGAGUUGGUGAUUUACUACCUUUACUGAUAUUGUUGCCAGUUGUCCUUCAGGUGUCGAGGUGGCUAGACGACACAUCCAUUGAUUCGACAGUGGCAAAGAACAAGUGGCCACUUAUGACGGCAGUGUUUGCUCCAGCGGAGGUUCAGUUUCACCAGCAGGACUCUGUCAGCUGCGGGCCUUUCGUCUGCAUGUAUGCUGAUCGACUGAUAUCUGGCUCUCCAUCCAUUGAGUGGGGUAAUAGCAACGUGGCGGCAUAUAGGGCCAAGAUUGCUAGAUCUAUAUUUUCGUUGUGUGAAACUUGGAAUGCCCGUAAGAACAGACUUGGUUUUGCAUAGUUUUGUAUAUUGUUACAUUAAUGUGUGCUUCUAUUUGGUUAUUCGUGUAGCAUUAUUUCCAGUAAAUCAUUCCAGCUUAUCGAAUAAUAAGAUAAUUCAACCAAUAUCAUUAACUGUUACAGCACACAAAUACAUCCCACUACUCCCUGGGCUCAGUCGCCCUGCCAGCGCACGUUCUCUUGCUGUGUCCUUCUUCAUGGCAGAUGCUGCACUUCUUUGGUUUACGACGCCUGAUACUAGAAGACUCAUCUGCUUGUGUGCUGCUGCCUUCACCACCACCUCGAUGUCUACCUUCUUUUGGGCGCCCCGCUUGACCUUUUACAAUCAGAGGUAAUACAACCUGCUCAGCGAUGUGCUCGGGAACCAACCACUGGCAUCUCGGCGGGAGAUUAUU